UGGACGCUGAGAUUUUUUUUUGUGUGAAAUGAAAAGGGGUGUGGGUGUGGGGGACAUGUGGACAGAGUUGAGAAGUGACAACCUUCUCUACAUUCUAUUAUCAAUGCUACAAAAAAAAUACCAUGUACCGGCGCACUUGCUAAAAUGACUCUGACUUCACCUUGACUAAAGUACACAUAAAAAGAUCACACACAUACUGCAAUGGGAGAAGGCAAAUCGGGAUGAUAACAAUCCCUACAUAAAUCGAAAAUGUUGAGGCUACGUAACCUAUUGGCCGUCGGCAAAAGCAGCAACAACAACGCUGUCCGCGCCAUAUCCACCACUUCGCCCUGCAACGAUUCAGAAUCAUGGUUCUCAAAACUGCUUGUUCGAAAAAUAGAGCCAACCAAGGAGUCGCACAGUCGCAUGCUCAGCGAUAAGGAAAUCAUAUAUGCCCUACAUACGCACAAUGUCAGGCCUGAUUCCAUGGGCAAUUAUUUAAACAACUACAAGAAUACUGUGGCAUUGAUCAACGACAAGAAGGCGAACCUUUCGACUGAGUUGGUGGCAUCAUGGACCGUGCAAGUGGGUGAUAUGGAUCAAUGCCUGCACCUUUGGAAGUACACGGGUGGCUUUGAGAAAAUUGAUCAGGCCAAAGAAGACCUAUGGAACGAUCCAGAGUAUCUCAGUUUGAUGCAAGAGCGUUCGAAGUUCCUGCGAUCCCGACACUUGCAAUAUCUCUUGGCAUUCAGCUACUGGCCGCAGAUUGCUAGUCGUACCGGCAAAAACAUUUACGAAAUGCGUUCAUACCGACUGACCCCUGGUACAAUGAUCGAGUGGGGAAACAACUGGGCCCGUGCCAUUAACUAUCGCAAGCAUAACAACGAAGCAUUCGCCGGAUUCUUUUCGCAGAUCGGAAGACUGUACAAUGUUCAUCACAUUUGGUGUUACAAAUCUCUACAAGACCGUAAGGAGACCCGAGAAGCAGCUUGGCGAUCACCCGGCUGGGACGAGUGUGUGGCCUACACGGUGCCAUUGAUCCGCGAGAUGCACUGCCGCGUCCUCGCUCCAACUGAGUUCUCCCCAUCACAAUAAUUUAGCACCAGGCGUAAUAGACAGAUAUAUAUACAUAUAUAUUUUCACGAUCUGAGAAAUGGUUUUGGAUACCAAACGCCUGAUCAAAUUUUGCUGUGAAAACAUUGAGAACAUAACUUCGCUUAUUUUCCUGUUGAAUAGUUAUUGUAAAUAAUGCCAGCUAUCUAUGCAAUCAUUUAUAUUUUUUUUAAGUAUAAUUAAGGUCAAAGUGGAAAUUUCUAUCGAAACAUUUUUACAAGUCUCUUUGUGUGUAUCACCUACGACCUUUGAAUUUAACAAAACCAAUUUUGUUUUUAUAAAAUAAAGCAAUUAUGAAAGUGUUA